AUGACGGGCAUCGAGCGCUAUGGCUCGUCGGGCGCGCACACGGUGGAGGGCAACGUAGCUGGCUCUAAGGCUGCAAAGCUGACAAGACAGCGAGAGAAGCAGCAGCAGGAGUACGAAGCCAAGCGUCAGGAAAUUGAGAAGACGAACCGACGAGGCACGCGCAUUGACGACAACUUCCAGUCGCACACCGACAAUGACGAGAGCGAGUUUAAGCGCCAAACAGUGGGACUCGUAACAGCUGAAGAGUUUCGGAAAAAGCGCGAGGACCUGCAGAACCGCAAGAGCGCGUUGGUGGAAGUGCAGCCUGAGGAGAAGCAGACGGAACGGAAAAAAACGAAGAAGAAGAAGCGACAAGCAAAAAAGAUCGGGCCGCUGUCGUUUGAUUUGGACGGCAGUGGAGAUGAAGCUGGGGAGGAAGUGGUGGAGGUGAAACGGAUGAAAAAGAGUAUAAAGAAUCCUGAAGUGGAUACCGACUUUCUGCCGGACAAGGAGCGGGAGAAGGAAGAAGCUCGAGAGCGUCAACGGCUCCGAGCGGAGUGGGAAGCAGAGCAAGAAAUCAUCAAGAACGAGAAUGUUGCUGUAACUUACAGUUACUGGGAUGGCUCCGGUCAUCGUCGUGAAAUCACGGUUCCUAAGAAAACUACGAUCGGCAAAUACCUGGAGCUUGUCAAGCAGCAACUGGUGUCUGAGUUUGCAGAGUUGCGCGGUGUCGGUGCAGAAAAUCUGAUCUAUAUCAAGGAGGACCUCAUCAUUCCUCACCACUACUCGUUCUAUGAUUUGAUUGUAACGAAAGCGCGCGGGAAAAGCGGACCGCUCUUCUGCUUCGAUGUGCACGAUGAUGUCCGUCUCGUACAGGACCGACGUGUCGAGAAAGAUGAGUCGCAUCCUGGCAAAGUGGUAGAUCGCCAUUGGUAUGAAAAGAACAAGCAUAUCUUCCCUGCCAGUCGAUGGGAAGUGUAUGAUCCCAAUGUCGUUCGCGAGAAGUACACUAUCCGUGGAAACUAG